UUUAAACUAGCCGAAAGUGUUCAGGCUGUUCAGCAACGUAUUCAAAUGAGAUAUAACGCAUCAUUUGAAGUGAUUAUGUCUGAAUCGGAUUUCGUCGUCAAGACCUACUAUAGUGGUCCACGUCAAUGUAAAUUCGAAACUGAGCGAUACUUCGUUGCGUUAUAUCAAACUCCUGUACAGGUAAAAGUGUCGGGUACUAAGUUCCAUCAUGAUCUAUUUUUCAUUGUUCUUUCGCUAGCACACCAAGCCCUCCAUCGCUCUAGUGUCGGAAAAUUGGAAGCAAACUUGUCUGGGGGGAUAGCACUAGCCCGAUACAUCGGUAGGCCACCAUGA